AGGUUCCAAACGCUCCGCGGCGCCAUGGGCUGAAAACUCAACCGAGAUGGAAUCUCCCAGUCUGAACCGGUUUCAACCGGUUCCGAGUUUGAGGCACUAGGAGGAGGGGGAGAAGCGGCUGCAGCGGCCGCGGCAGGAGCAGCGGGAGCUACAGCAUCAGCAAGAGCAACAGUAGCUACAGCCCGGGCGGCGGUGCCUGUUCCAGUCUUUGCUGCUGCAGUCCGUGCAACCACCCAGAGGGGGAGGGGGGAACCACCAGUCGCUGAGGAGCAGGAGAAGGGGGGAAAGUUUAGGCGAGCCUGGGUGGGGGGGGCCAGCGCCGGAGCCGCGUGAGAGAGGGAGCCGUAUUUUGGUGGGGGGAAAUCGGACUGCAACUGGCAGCAGAGCGUCCCCCGGCCGUGUGGACUCUACAGCCCCUACUCCUGCCGCUCCUGCUGCCGCCUGUGGCUGGAGGGUCCCCCUGGGGCUGAAUCUUUGGGACUUGACCCCGUUCCCCUCCCCCUUCUCUCACUCCCCAGCCAGGCGGGAGCAUUUAUCCACAGAUUAAUUCCCUUUUUUGGGGGGGGCGGGUGAGUGUGCGUGUCGGCGGGAGGUGUCCCCGAAAUAGUAAAUAUUGUUGAGCUUUUUUUUUUUUUUGCCCUUAUCCUCUCCGUUUGUAAAUUUCUUUUUUAAGGUGGGAAAACUGUGAAACCCACCUUGAUUUUCCUCCCCUCUCCCCCCUCCCCGUCCUCCCUGGCCCUAAUACCCCAACAAGGAAGGAAGAAGCAGUUGGUUCAAUCUCUGGUAAUCUAUGCCAGCAAUUAUGACAAUGUUAGCAGACCAUGCAGCUCGUCAGCUGCUCGAUUUCAGCCAAAAACUGGAUAUCAACCUUUUAGACAAUGUGGUGAAUUGCUUAUACCAUGGAGAAGGAGCCCAGCAAAGAAUGGCUCAAGAAGUACUGACACAUUUAAAGGAGCAUCCUGAUGCGUGGACAAGAGUCGACACAAUUUUGGAGUUUUCACAGAAUAUGAACACAAAAUAUUAUGGACUACAGAUUUUGGAAAAUGUGAUAAAAACAAGGUGGAAGAUUCUUCCAAGGAACCAAUGUGAAGGAAUUAAAAAAUACGUUGUGGGCCUCAUUAUCAAGACAUCAUCUGACCCAACUUGUGUAGAGAAAGAAAAGGUAUAUAUCGGGAAAUUAAAUAUGAUUCUUGUUCAGAUACUUAAACAGGAGUGGCCAAAACACUGGCCAACUUUUAUCAGUGACAUUGUUGGAGCAAGUCGGACCAGUGAAAGUCUCUGUCAGAAUAAUAUGGUGAUUCUGAAACUCUUGAGUGAAGAAGUAUUUGAUUUUUCUAGUGGACAGAUAACCCAAGUGAAAGCUAAGCAUUUAAAAGACAGCAUGUGCAACGAAUUCUCACAAAUUUUUCAGCUUUGUCAGUUUGUGAUGGAAAAUUCCCAAAAUGCUCCACUUGUACAUGCAACUUUAGAAACAUUGCUCAGAUUUCUUAACUGGAUUCCGCUUGGAUAUAUUUUUGAGACCAAGUUAAUCAGCACAUUAAUUUAUAAGUUCCUGAAUGUUCCAAUGUUUCGAAAUGUCUCUCUGAAGUGCCUCACUGAGAUUGCUGGUGUGAGUGUAAGCCAGUAUGAGGAGCAAUUUGUAACGCUAUUUACACUGACAAUGAUGCAGCUAAAACAGAUGCUUCCUCUAAAUACCAAUAUUCGACUUGCAUACUCAAAUGGAAAGGAUGAUGAACAGAACUUUAUUCAAAAUCUCAGUUUGUUUCUCUGCACCUUUCUUAAAGAACAUGGUCAACUUAUAGAAAAAAGAUUAAAUCUCAGGGAAACACUCAUGGAGGCCCUUCAUUAUAUGUUGUUGGUAUCCGAAGUAGAGGAAACUGAAAUCUUUAAGAUUUGUCUUGAGUACUGGAAUCACCUGGCAGCUGAACUCUAUAGAGAAAGCCCAUUCUCAACAUCUGCCUCUCCGUUGCUAUCUGGAAGUCAGCAUUUUGAUGUUCCUCCUAGGAGACAGCUCUAUUUGCCUGUAUUGUCCAAGGUCCGUUUAUUAAUGGUUAGUAGAAUGGCUAAACCAGAGGAAGUAUUAGUUGUAGAAAAUGAUCAGGGAGAAGUUGUAAGAGAAUUCAUGAAGGAUACAGAUUCCAUAAAUUUGUAUAAGAAUAUGAGAGAAACAUUAGUUUAUCUUACUCAUCUGGAUUAUGUAGAUACAGAAAGAAUAAUGACUGAGAAACUUCACAAUCAAGUGAAUGGUACGGAGUGGUCAUGGAAGAAUUUGAAUACAUUGUGUUGGGCAAUAGGCUCCAUUAGUGGAGCAAUGCAUGAAGAGGAUGAAAAGCGAUUUCUUGUUACUGUUAUAAAGGAUCUAUUAGGAUUAUGUGAACAGAAAAGAGGCAAAGAUAAUAAAGCUAUUAUUGCAUCAAAUAUCAUGUACAUAGUAGGUCAAUAUCCACGAUUUUUAAGAGCUCACUGGAAAUUUUUGAAGACAGUAGUUAACAAGCUCUUCGAAUUCAUGCAUGAGACCCACGAUGGAGUCCAGGACAUGGCUUGUGAUACUUUCAUUAAAAUAGCUCAAAAGUGCCGUAGGCAUUUCGUUCAGGUUCAGGUUGGAGAAGUAAUGCCAUUUAUUGAUGAGAUUUUGAACAAUAUUAACACUAUAAUUUGUGAUCUUCAACCUCAACAGGUCCAUACAUUUUAUGAAGCUGUGGGGUACAUGAUCGGUGCACAAACAGACCAAACAGUACAAGAACAUUUGAUAGAAAAAUAUAUGCUACUUCCUAAUCAGGUUUGGGAUAGCAUAAUCCAGCAAGCAACCAAAAAUGUGGAUAUACUUAAAGAUCCUGAAACAGUCAAGCAACUUGGUAGCAUACUGAAAACAAAUGUGAGAGCUUGCAAAGCAGUUGGACACCCAUUUGUGAUUCAGCUUGGGAGAAUUUAUUUAGAUAUGCUUAAUGUAUACAAGUGCCUCAGUGAAAAUAUUUCUGCAGCUAUUCAAGCUAAUGGUGAGAUGGUUACAAAGCAACCAUUGAUUAGAAGUAUGCGAACAGUAAAAAGAGAAACUUUAAAGUUAAUAUCUGGUUGGGUGAGCCGGUCUAAUGAUCCACAGAUGGUAGCUGAAAAUUUUGUUCCUCCUCUGUUGGAUGCAGUUCUCAUUGAUUACCAGAGAAAUGUCCCAGCUGCUAGAGAGCCAGAAGUGCUUAGUACUAUGGCUAUUAUUGUCAACAAGUUAGGAGGACAUAUAACAGCUGAAAUACCUCAAAUAUUUGAUGCUGUUUUUGAGUGCACAUUGAAUAUGAUAAAUAAGGACUUUGAAGAAUAUCCUGAACACAGAACGAACUUUUUCUUACUACUUCAGGCUGUCAAUUCUCAUUGUUUCCCAGCGUUCCUGGCUAUUCCACCUGCACAGUUUAAACUUGUUUUGGAUUCUAUUAUUUGGGCUUUUAAACAUACCAUGAGGAAUGUAGCAGAUACAGGCUUACAGAUACUUUUUACACUCUUACAAAAUGUUGCACAAGAAGAAGCUGCAGCUCAGAGUUUUUAUCAGACUUAUUUUUGUGAUAUUCUUCAGCAUAUCUUUUCUGUUGUGACAGACACCUCGCAUACUGCUGGUUUAACAAUGCAUGCAUCUAUCCUUGCAUAUAUGUUUAAUUUGGUUGAAGAAGGAAAAAUAAGUACACCAUUAAAUCCUGGAAAUCCAGUUAACAACCAAAUGUUUAUUCAGGAAUAUGUGGCUAAUCUUCUUAAGUCUGCAUUCCCUCAUCUACAAGACGCUCAAGUAAAGCUCUUUGUGACAGGACUUUUCAGCUUAAAUCAGGAUAUUCCAGCAUUCAAGGAACAUCUUCGGGAUUUCCUGGUACAGAUAAAGGAGUUUGCAGGUGAAGAUACAUCGGAUCUCUUUUUGGAAGAACGAGAAACAGCCCUUCGACAGGCUCAGGAAGAAAAACACAAACUUCAGAUGUCUGUCCCAGGCAUCCUUAAUCCACAUGAAAUUCCAGAAGAAAUGUGUGAUUAAAAUCAGAAGUCAUGCUGGGUUUUUUUUUUUUUCUUUUUUUUCUUUUCCUCUGCAACUCUUGUUAGCAGAUGAAAACAGCAUCUGGAUAUUUGUCGACCAAAAUGAUGCCAAUUUGUAAAUUAAAAUGUCACCUAGUGGCCCUUUUUCUUAUGUGUUUUUUGUAUAAGAAAUUUUCUGUGAAAUAUCCUUCCAUUGUUUAAGCUUUUGUUUUGGUCAUCUUUAGUUUGCAUGAAGUUGAAAAUUACGGCAUUUUUAAAAAUUUUAACUUCAUCCCCAUUUUGUGGCUGGGAUGGGGGGAGGAGGCAAAUCCAAUUUGAACAUAUACUUGUAAAUUCUGAUGCAAAAGUAUACAAUUUUUCCUGUAAAGAAUACCAAUUUUUAAUUAGGGAGCAUUUUCUUUCUAGCCUGUAUUUCAGUCUAGAAGAAAAGAUAAUGAGUAAAACAGAUUGCGUUGUUAAAAGGAUUAUAGUGCUGCAUUGUCUGAAGUUAGCACCUCUUGGACUGAAUUGUUUGUCUAGACUACAUGUAUUACAAGUCUGUAUGGCAAGUUUGCAGCAAGAUCAUGUGCAUAUCAUCCCAUUGUAAACGACUUCAAAAAAUAUGGGAACACAGUUAGUUAUUUUUACACAGUUCUUUUUGUUUUUGUGUGUGUGUGCUGUCGCUUGUCGACAACAGCUUUUUGUUUUCCUCAAUGAGGAGUGUUGCUCAUUUGUGAGCCUUCAUUAACUCAAAGUGAAAUGGUUAAAAAUAUUUAUCCUGUUAGAAUAGGCUGCAUCUUUUUAACAACUCAUUAAAAACAAACAAAACAAAACUCUGGCUUUUGAGAUGACUUAUACUAAUUUACAUUGUUUACCAAGCUGUAGUGCUUUAAGAACACUACUUAAAAAGCAAAAUAAACUUGGUUUACAUUUAUUUUCCCUUUAUUGGCUCAAACUUAUUCCUGUAUUAAUGAAAGUGGUUAUUUAUGUUUAGGUAUUAGGUAACAUUUUUAAAUGAAUUUUGAUAACUGUUGACUUUCAAGUAUUAUUUCUAAGGUUAUUGAGUAAAGGCAGCAUUUGUAUAAAACGAAUAUGUUCCUGAGAUAUUUUCUGUUCCCAAGAAACAAAUCCCUUCUGUGACAGCUUGGCACACAUUUUACCUUUACUUGCAGUUAAAAAGCAUCUUUCCUCUGGUUAGGAGCUGGGGGUAACAAAGCUGUAGAUUCCCUACAAAAUAUGAAAAGGGAAUAGAAAAAGGAAACCAGCUUGAGUGAGCCUGUUUCCAGAUGAUUCUAUAUACUUAUACCUAAGCAUUUGAAGUGCCUCAUGUUUGUGGAGAAUCAGCAAUUUCAUAUAAUUGCUAUUCUCCUAACUUUUUAUAUAGGUCUUUGGCAAAGAUUGGCAUUAUUUCAGUAGAAUGUAAUCAUGCUUUAAAGUCUUUUUAAAACAAAAAAUAGUAAGAUGUUUUAAAUAUACAGAGAGGAAUAUUGAAGUACUUUGUUUAAUACUUUAGCUCUGUUAAAGCUUUGAUUUUCUUACUGGUGUUUGCAUAUAAAUAAGUUUUCUUAGAACAGUAAAAAGAGUUCAGUUUCAAAUCAUAUGCUGUAUUUGAAAUCAGCUUUCCAUCAGUGGUCAUGUAUACUUUUCUUACCCUACAGCCCCAUUGCCUACCUUGAUAUGUUUUGAAUGUUAAAGAAACCAAGCUUUGGCCAAAAUGAGAACAUGCUAAUAGAAAAUUAAACUUAUUGUGGGCAUUUCUUGCUUGAAUAAAAGUUAAUCAUAUCA